AUGCGGUUGUACAAGUCCUCUUUUUUUUUUUUUAAUUAUUAUUAUUAUUUCCUUCCGUGGCGAGGAGACACCUCAAAAGCAAACGACUUCGGCGACUCCAUAAACAUCACCAUUUCAGCAACCGGGUUGCAGAGGGGUGGGGGGGGGGUGUUAUGCAAACUGCCGUGUACUUCAAAGCAAUGCCUUUUGAAGAUAAACGGAAUCACAUGCUUCCGUUUAUUUUGUCAGGCAUAUCAUUUAUUUUCUGCUGUUAUCGAUUGUUUCAGAUAUAUUUCACCAAAAGGAACCUCAGUGCUUAACAGCUCGAUCAUCAAAACUUUCAACGUCGUUUUUUUUUUUAAUCACAAAACUGAGGCGGCGUCGGCGGAAAGUCACACGCGCUUAGGUUUAAAGUGCGACGCGCUAUUGCACUCUUCGAAUGGGGCAACGUCUUUCAUCAUGCUGGACCUUAUGCGAACUCAAUUCAAUGAAUAA